GGUGUAAGCGCAGGCCCAGAGUUUGAGCGCUCGUCUCAGGCAGGGAAAACUUUCACGCCGUGCCUCACAGCUGGACCUACCGAUCACUUGGUGUAUAGAGUUGAUUAGUGCACUGGACCUACCGAUCACUUGGUGUAUAGAGUUGAUUAGUGCACUGGACUUACCGAUCACUUGGUGUACAACAGUUGAUGAGUGCAUUCGUACAAUUGCCGCAAUCUGCAAAACUGCCAGAGCAGAGGAGGGGGGAAAACAACAACAACAACUGAUUUGACUCUGUUGUAGGCAAUGUUGUGUUCUUGAGCAAGGAUUAAAUACGGUGUAACUGUUAGACAGGUGCUAGUAAAACACGUUUGAUCAUUAUGCUUUAUUUCUUGUUGCUCUUUCCUUCGUGGUAAAAGCGAAAAGAAAAUUUGAGCCUUUUCUUGGAAACACAAAUAACUUUGAGGUAAUUUUUCAUAAACGUUUUUUUUUUAUAUCAAGUUAGUUUCCCGUAACUUUUUUUUUAAAAUGAAUAUCGGCAAAUAAUUUUUUUUUUUUUGUAUAAAUUUUUUAAAAAUUAAGAUUCCAGGAAAAAGAAAAGAAACCGAAAGAAUUUUAUGAAUUAAAUAUCAGCUACGCGGCUUUUUGUCGUGACUUUUUGUGCGAACGAGUUGUACAACUUACAAAAUGAUCCCAAUUAUAUGGAGUUCUAUUUUCAAAUUAUUUUUUUUUUCCUUAAAAAAAAUAAGAUGAGUGACACAUCAUUAGAAGUGGAUACUGUGUUUCGAGCGCUCCGUACCGUUGCAGUGUCUUAAAACCCCCAAUCUUUCUGGAAUUUCUGGGAGCUUUCUAAGAGAUAAAGAUUGGAUUUCAUUUUGCGAGCUUAAGUCAGAUGGUACCGUCUGCGAGGUUUUCACCCAGAUUUCUGCUUGUGACAUUUCCAGAUAAUGUGGUUAAACCAACUUAUGCGCUCAUUAUUAUUUUUUUAAAUUUUUUUUUUAAAGGAGCGUUUAAAUAAUGUUUUAGAAUUUUUUAGUUUGAAAUUUAGGCUGUUUUUCAAAGAAAAGUAGGACUGAGAGUUUGUUCUUCUUUUUUUUUUUUUUUUUUUUUUUUUUUUUUUUUUUUUUUAUCUUUUUUUUUUUUUUUUUUUUUUUUUUUUUUUUUUUUUUUUUGUUGCAUUUUUUUAUUUCAAUCCUUUUCUUUAAGUACCAGUGCAUAAACCGAAAUAGAAUUGUUUUACACAUGUAUGCUUUGCCAGUUAUGGUAAGAGGAUAUUACAACGCCAUUCUUUCAAGACAUAAAACAGCUAUUCACGACAGUUUAAAAAUAUGAUAUUGGAUAUGUUUUUUUCCUGAAACUGUGAGACUCCAUCAUACGCGUGCAGGCCCACUUAAGCUCUGAGGACGAUUAUGGUUGACAAUCACAGCAACGGCGUCUGGAUAACAAGUAGCCACUCCUCACUUGGCUCGAUCGCCAGUCGUCCCACGCGGUCAGACUCCCCCGCUUUUCCCGCCGGGUCUAACGAUCGGUGGACGACCAUUGACGGAUUUCCUGGCCUUCCCACGACUUGUGACACUCACCAGUCCGCAGCGUCGCGCCGCGCCGACAGCCACCAUCCGCCGUAUGUUAUGUAAGACAACAACCGCUGCUGGGUUGACGAGGCUCCCCACCGGACGCACCUCCACGGAAAACACCGGCCUAAGGUGUCGGGGCACUGUGAGUUGAGGGCCCGGGCACACGAAGUGUUUGAUGCCCGUCUGUGUAGGCCUCUGUGCGCAUGUCCAUGGCACUGGUGAUAUACUGAGCCGAAAGCGCAGCGCUCAAAAUGUGGACACGGCUACCAUGGGCUCCCCAUCAGCUGUGCUAACUUCUCACUCUCUAGGCCGUAUGAUUCUUGCCACUCUCCUGGUGUGGGCCUUCAGCUUGACCGGUUGCCUUGGGGAGUCGCCUCCCCGCGAACGCGCUGCAAGGGCACUGGACAUUGCUGGUCGCCUGGGAGCCAUGACGUACGAUUCCAGCGUCACAGAAGGGGAGCCCAUAGUUUCGGUGCAGUAUGACGUAGACAUGAGAUCGGAGCUGACCGGUGGUCAUCGGAACGGUCAGAGCGAAAUAGACCGACGCUUAAUAAAAAUUGAACGACUCCUUGAAAAUCUAGCAAUGGUCAACCAACACCUUGGGGUGGACACCAAGACACUAGACCACAAACCUUACCUCAGUAGUCAAUCAAGUAAGAAAGCUGCGCAGCCACCCGUGCCGCUCAAUGAGGUUAGCGAACAGUAUAUUUUAAAAAAACUUACGGAAAUGUAUAACUUACAUCAAGUUGGCUACACCCCAAAUGUUGAAAUACCUUAUGAGAGCGUGGAGCCUGCAGGGUCGGAGCUGCCCUUUCAGGUUGUGGCGCGCAUAGACUUAAUUCUUUCUGCAGAGGAGAGAGUCCAGAGAAUUCGACGGAAACAGUUUCGGCGGACACCUGCAGUGGAUAGUUAUAAGCGAGGGACGGAUAGCUUUGCCUUUGAUCUUGGUGAACACGACCAGGAGGAUUUUAACGACAUGGAGCGGGUCAGUGAUAAACAAAGAGACCCGAUGGUCGCGAUGCAACUUUUGGACACUUCAAAGCGCAACGGUGAUGCGACGAGCGUUCGUGUAGCUGCAGAGGCGACGACUCGUGGGGACUCAAACACCGCAUUGCCUACUCUGUACGCAAUGAGCGAACGCUUCGCACGCCAGAACACGUUACACGACCAGGGACCAUCAGGUUCAGUCCAUUUUCACAUUGACGGUGCAGACGCACGGGAUACAAGCCAGCACUCCUACCCCGACAGCUCCGGGUCAGAUGAUGUAGCUGACAUUUCACCCGUUGCAGGGGACAGGGGGCUGGGGUUCCACGACCCGACCUCCCUGAAGUCACUGAUUCACGGGACCGUGCAGAAAAUGGAGGACAGGUUGAAGAAGAGACGGUGGCUGCGCGAUUACGACGGUGGGGAUCUCGUCAGUGAUUCUCAAACGGGGACGAGCUUUUACGCUCGUGACGACACGGGCCCACGGAGCUCGCCAUCAGCCACCUCAGACCAAUACCUCAACGGGUUUGAUGACGACGACGAAACCGAUGACGUCCUGCACAAAAUGUCCUAUCGUAAGGACCAGGACGUCCCGGCCGCUGUUUUAAAAGCCGUCCUCACCGGAUCUGUACCGACGGACCGAGAAUUCUGGCAGAAUCUCUCCAGCUAUCUAGACUCUAAGCCCUACCUCAGCCGGAGCAGGAGAAACGCCGAUGAUUACAUGAAUCAGUUCAGACGAAAGAUGCGCGCACGCCUGUCAAUCACCUACGGCCACGUGAUGCCGUGUGAGUACCAGGACCGGUAUUACUGUAUGAAUGGCGGCACGUGCGUCUUUGUAGGCGCCCUGAAACUGAAAACUUGCAGGUAA